CAGCGGCAAAGCAGAGAUUCCACGCACCUCACUUUACAAUUUCGUGUCAACCAGCACCAUCCCCCCAUCAACCUCUUCACGAUGGACCUCUCUCGCAUUCUCGCGCCCAUCGAGUUGGACGCGUUUGACGACCACGACAUGACCGACGCCUCCAUGUCGUCGUCGCCUCGGUCGUCCAACGGCGGCGACUCGCCGCGCGCGUCGGCGCCGCAUCUCCGCAUGGGCAAAUGGUUUCCGGAAGAAGAGCAGUUUGCUCUCGUGCUCAUCGAGUGCUUCAUCCUCGGCGCGUUCGCCGACCUUGCGACCGGCACGUCGCUCCGGUCGUUCCUCGCCGAGAAGCUCCAGUGCCCGCCCAUGCGCAUCUCCAAAAAGUUCUCGGGCGAAGGCCACCACCUCAACUUUGCCGGCGUCUCGAUCCCCAAGAAGCUCGGCCAGAAGCGCUACUUGCGCCAGAACGUCGACGCGCUCGCGGCCGCCAAGCUCGCGUCGGUCGAUGACCUCAAGGCGUCCUUCCUCCGCGCGGUGGCAGAAGAGAAGCAGCUCGACCUCGCGGUCAAGGACAAGCUGCCGAAGCGCGCCAUGCGCAGUGAGCGCGGCGGCCUCUCGUUCGCGGCCAACAACCGCGUCGGCUACUGGUCGCGCGAAGAACAGACGUACGCAAGCAAGCUCAUCGAGGCCUUCAUGAAGGGCCAGCUCCAGCUGCGCAAGGGCACGUCGCUCCGGUCGUUCCUUGCUCACCGCCUCGGCUGCAACCCGAUGCGCGUCUCCAAGAAGCUCGCGACGUGCGCGAUUGCGGGCAUGGAGAUUCCCCGGCGCAUUGGCACGGCGACGUACCAGCCCAAGAUGUACCAAGACGCGAGCAUGGCCGAGAUCCUCCAGACCGAGCGCGAGCUGCAGUCGCUCCGGGCGCUCUGCUUUGGCGAGUCCAUCGACGUCCUCCAAGACAAGCUCCUCACGUCGUUCCCGUCGCGCCCGCUCAGCUCCUUCUCGAUGCUGUGCGCGGCCGCCCAGACGUCCGGUGUUGUGGGGCACUAAACCAGUGUUUCCGAUCUAUAUUUAAAAUACGACAUAUUAUUUAUCCUACAAACAUCAAGUUGUUUUCAAAUAAAUCAAAACAAUACAAACAGAAUAUGUGAUUGGUAAACACUG